AUGGAAACAUUACUCACUCAACUCACAAAGAAAUCCAUCAGAGAGAUUGAAGAGAAUGAUUUUUGUAUUGAAAAAUGUAGAUAUGAUAUAAUCGAUGAUAAUUUAUCUACAAGCACGUCUUCAGGAGACGAAGAUGAAGAAGAAAUAAAUAAGCAUCAUCAGCCACAACAUUCAUCAAUAGAAGAAACACUCGCAAAUUUGAAUUUAGAAGAUUACGAUUCUAUUAAAUACACUGGCAUCUCUGCUGGUAUUCAUCUCUUUAAUGAUGACCUUUUCAAAUCGAAAUCAUUUGUUCAAUGUCCUGGAAGAAAAGAUGUUGCUCUUCAGCUCAUGCCUCAGAAUGAAAUUCUCGUUGUACAGACAAAUGCUUCAUCUAUCACUGGGAAAUAUACACGCCUUGACGUUGGACUUUCCUUAACCAGCUCUAUCUUUGAUCAACAACAUAAAAAAGAACACUUGACACAACUGCCAAAGAAUGAUCUACCAUCUCAUACCAUCCUUCAAAAGGCCUGUCAGUUGUACUUUACUCAUAUCCAUAAGUUUUUACCCAUAGUAAACAAAGCGAGGUUUGAAGCGUAUGACCUAAAGCCUUGCAAUAUCCUAGCACAAGCUGUAUUAGCUGUAGCCUUUCGUUUUGCAUCACGUCACUUCCCCAAACUAUUCAAGAAAUCGGAUGCUUACGCCAAUACUUAUUUUAGAAAGGUCAUGCUUCGCCUUCAAGAUUCUUAUCGUGCAAGACUGCGACAUGUUCAAGCUGCUUUACUGAUGACUCUUUACCUUGACAUGGACGAAACAGACAUCGAAUCUGUACAGUGGUACACUCUUGGCAAGGCUAUUCGUAUGGCUCAAGACAUUGGCCUGCAUCGUUCAUGUUCCAAUUGGAACUUGCCUCCUUCUGAGAUUGAGACAAGACAUCGCGUGUUCUACGCCUGCUAUAUCCUUGAUCGUUUCAUGAGUGCUCGUGCAGGCAAGCCAUUGACCAUCCUUGAUCGUGAUUUUGAUACAGACUUGCCUGUGCCCCAUGAAGUUUAUGAUGAUCAACGAGUAUCAUCCGAUGCACCUAUUUAUCAGCACUUUAUCGCUCUCAUUAAAUUAUCAGAGAUACUCGGUAGAAUCCUCAAAGCUCUUUAUGCACCCAAAUCAAAGCAUUCAAACACAAAUGCAGGUUUAGAUGACCCCACCAUUCUCGCUGUCCUUGACCGAAGAUUAAAGAAUUGGAAAGCCACACAUUUGGGUGAGGCACAUGCUGUAUCUGAAGCCGAAAAAGUUAAUUUAUCGCUAAUUUAUUAUACGACGAUGUUACUGUUACAUAGGCCAUUUAUAGAACUGCCUUUUGGUAACACUGCACUAGCCACUGAGUCACGUCGAGCUUGUGAGAAUGCUGCUCAUAAUAUCAUGGUUAUCGUCAAGCAAAAGCAAUCCCUCAUGAAUGAUCCUGACUCGUAUUCUCCUUUAUGUCUACCCACCUUCUUUGUCUAUUCCAUGUUUCAAUCCUCCCUUAUUCAUCUCGCUCUUGUCCUUAAAAACCCUGACUCUCUAUUCAGGCUCCGACGUCUUUCCCAUUCUGUUACUGUUCUUCAGGAACACGGAGAACAGCUGGCCUGCGCUCGUCGUGCUCAUCAUAUCCUCAAAAUGCUCAUCGAUGUUCAUUCUAUUCAGCUCGAUCAUAUCUCUUUAUCAACAAAUGACGAUUACAGCCAUCUUAUCAGUGAUUCUGAACUCUCUACGGCGACACAUCCCGAAAAUACGGACCAGAGUAACCAGCCACGAUUCGACAACUCCAUUGGCCAUGACGUGAUGCCUAAAUCAAAUUGGUAUCAACGUAUGAUGAACACCAGUAUCGUCGGUGGAAUCACACCUGACUUGCAUCAAGGAAUUGAGCAAGGUAACUCAUCUCACAUCCUUGUUCAACUAUUACCGUACGCUAACACUGGUUCUUUACAAGACACAUCUGAUGUCAUGUACUAUUCUAAAGCGACCAAGCCACUUUAUCCUAUGCCUAACGAUGACGACAAUACCCUCUAUGAAAAAUCCACCAUCUCUUCUACUCCAACCACCUCUUCAUCCAACCUUCACUUUAUAAACGAUCCUUAUCCAACUGUUUAUUCUCAAGUUCCUCGUUCAGCCAAUCCGGUCUAUCAUCCACCCUCGUCCUCUUCUUUUACUCCAAAUUAUGUCAAUUAUCAAUCACCCAUUAUGACUUCCACCCCCGAUAAUUAUCCUCUAUCUUAUGUCUCGGUACCACAGUCGCAUACAUCUCCACAACAACAACAGCAGCCCUCACCUCAUUCCGUCACACCUUCCUUACCCCCUUCUAGUCUAAAUUGGAACGACUGGGGAACUUAUCUAGGACAGCAACACAAUACCCCUUUCCCUUCUUCAGAUCAUCACUCACGUCCAUAUUUACACGACUAA